CCGAUAUGCGCAAUCGGGGCACAUCGCCGCUGUCAGCGUCACCGCGCCAGUCACUGACCGGGGAGCCACCCUGGACCCUCCCGGAUGACGACCGACCCGACUUUUCAGCACUCAAGGAAAACAUACAGAGGAUUAACAAGGAUUGCGAAACAUCAACAAGGCUGGACAUGCUGCUGACGCAAGUAGAACAGUAUGCCAACAACCUGGAGGCGCUGGUGGAGGAGAGGACUUCGGACUACCUGGAGGAGAAGAGGAAAUGUGAGGAACUGCUGUACCAGCUGUUGCCGAAGUCCGUAGCCUCCCAGCUAAUAAUGGGACAGCCCGUGAUGGCGGAGACAUACGACCAGGUCACGAUCUACUUCAGCGACAUCAUCGGCUUCACGCAGCUGUCAGCCGAAUCCACGCCGCUAGAGGUCGUUGACCUCCUCAAUGAUCUGUACACCAGCUUCGAUUCUAUUAUUGAGAAUUUUGAUGUUUAUAAGGUGGAAACCAUAGGCGACGCCUACAUGGUGGUCUCCGGGCUGCCGAUGCGCAAUGGCAACCGUCACGCCGCAGAGAUCGCGCGCAUGUCUCUCGCGUUACUGAACGCGGUGCGCGUGAAGACGGUGCCUCAUCGGCCGGGAGAGCGUCUGUUGCUGAGGAUUGGUAUGCAUACAGGACCUUGCGUGGCAGGAGUGGUAGGCCUCAAAAUGCCUCGAUACUGUCUCUUCGGAGACACAGUGAACACAGCCUCAAGGAUGGAGUCCCAUGGAGAGGCCCUGAAGAUCCACGUCAGCCCCAAGACCAAAGAGGUACUGGAUCUAUAUGACUGCUUCGAACUGGAGUGCAGAGGGGAAAUUACUAUGAAGGGCAAAGGAAAAAUGACGACAUUCUGGCUGAUAGGAGAAAAGAAGCCAGAAAACCAAGAUUGUUACUACACACAAACGAAUCACGCGCAAGCCACGUUAGUGAACAACCCGAGCAUCACCUUUCAGGGUCCGGACAGUCCUGCAUCCCAUUCCUUGACACAAAGUCAUAGUCCCGAACAAAAUAUACCAGAAACCAAAGAAAACCACAGACCACUCGAAAUACAAAGCGAAAGAGAUCGCAUUAAACACGAGAUAGCUACAUUCGUUGCAAAAGACUUGAUAAACAACAUUGACAUCGCUGUGAGAGAAUUUCGGAAAUCGCAAAGCGCGAAUUUUGCUUCCCAUGCAAACAAUAAGCCAUUAUGCAAUGGGAAUGGUAAAGGCCUAAUAACACCAACGUAUGAUAAGGAACUCGUUAUCAGCAAAGGUAAGGUCCGUGACGUUGUCAACAGAUUCAACAACUCUGUAAACGAGGGUAAUAAGUGCACGAAAAUGAAAAUUAAAAACGAAGACUGAACUGACAGGAAUGGAACGCUUAUUGUCUUUCCCGGCCCGGUCUAAACAGAUGUUAAAUCUUUAGAAGUGUUUAUAGAGAUACUAACUUAAAAAAAAACGUUACUAGUAUAUUUUGUGCCAAGCACAUAGAAGAUUUCUUUCUUAGUCUAGUCAUUACUGUUUUAAGAUAUUAUCGUAUUAAUAAUGCAUAGUACAUUCCUAAGAAAUUACAUGUUAAAGGUAGUGGGUGACCAAAUACCCUCCGAAUUCUAGUUAAGUAUAAAAAUAGAUGAUUUUAAAAUGUAUCUCAUAGAUAUUAUAAAUGUCAUAGAUUAAGGCGACGAUCGCAGAAGCGAUUUCAAGAAAGAUGUAGUGAGAAUUAUUAUGUGUGAAUAGUAAACGGUAACUAUUGUAUAAUACACUUGGACCCUGUAGUGUUUUUACUGACCUUUUAUACUUGCGUAUCUUUCUAGUCCAUUAUACUGUCGUGAAGUAAGACAUUUGUAUGAUAGAUCACUUUCUAGCACCGCUGUUAUUGGUGGCAUUUCAUCAUUCCUUUAAUUAACAUCUUUCACUAGUGAUAUACAGCUGAAGAGUUUGUCUGUAUGAAUUUGCUUAUCUCGGUAUCCACUGGACUGAUUUGAAAAAUCCGUUUAGUGGAAGAUUGCUCAUUUAUCGAGGCAGCUUAUAAACUACUUUUGAACGCGGGUGAAGCUACUAAGUCAAGUAUUUGAUGCUUAUGUUAACUUGCGAAAUACUCACUAUUUCCAAAUUUCACCCACACUUAUAGAAUUAAGUGGUUGUUAGAAUUCUUCUAAUUUUAGAAUUGUUCGUUGCGUCUGUAUGCUGUAAGCAUUUUUAGAUGAUUUGGAUGUUUUAAAUAAACUAUUUUAUUGUGAUAGCUUUGUGAGAUUCUGAUGUAUGGAUAGUUGGAAAUACUUCGGAUACAAUACAAGCAAUUAAUAGUUAUUUUUGUUGCUUUCAAUGAACUAAAAGUUUAGAGCAAAAGUUGAUCAUUCUGAAGUUUAAUAAUUUAGCUAUAUUCAAGUAUCUUGUAACUAAUUAUAAUUCUUUCAAAUCUUCUGAAAUUCGUUCCUUUUUUGUCGCGACAAAAAUCUUGCAUAAUCUAAAUAUCUAAACUCUGGAACAGAAAAUAUGAAGAAAAACAUUAGCAAAAUUAUUUAUGGCAGUAGGCGCGGUUGUUUGUGGUUACUGCUCUACUAAAUGCAAAAUGGCUGUUACUAAUGAAAAUACGAAGUGCAGGCUAAUGGCAAUACCUGGCUCAAUUAUUGUCUAACUUUGACUGGUACAAAUACAUUUUAAUCAAUCAACUAAUAUAAACAAUUUGCGUUAGCAAUUGUUGCGUUAGAAAUUGACGUCUUUCAAUUUCAAUUUCGUCAAUUGUUUUGGCUUAGGCUGAGGCUUAUAAUUUGCUAAAACAUUGCCUGUAUUGUAUCCUCAAAAAUAAUAUUUUUGUUGUUAUAAUGAAAUUAUAAAUAAAAUACGUAUUAUUCAAAGAUCUCUAUUCUAGUCCAUUUUGAAGUUUUGAUUGUGAUAUAAUAAUUAUUAUUCUAGUACAACUUUACCUGAGCUGUGACUGUAUUCUAUAUUCAUUUAAUUAUUUAUUGAAGUUCCUUUAAGCAAGAUAUUUAUGUUGCGUCAUUGUAUGAAUCAUAUAUGAAUAAAGA